CGCGCCCCUCCUUCCCUCUAGUCCCCAUGAUUGUGACCAAGUCAACGUGUGAAGUGUCUGUCAGUCCGUGCGAAGUGCUCCAAACCCCCGACAAAUACAAAACCCAAACUUCACCACAUCAUCCCCACCUCAGUCAUCCCCUCAAGUGCGAAAAAACCCGCCGUAAAAAUAAUCCCCCGGUCGUGAUACCCGAACAACCCAUGGAUUAACUCCAAUUUUAGCCCGUGCAACAAGUGAAAGCUGAUGUUUCCCCAUCGACGCACGGAAAUACCAGUUUAUCGGAUUCUCGAUUUAUGUCGGUAAAUCUAUGUGGAGGGUUGAGACCCUGAAUGUCAUUGUGACGAGGAUGUAAUAAACACUGAGGAUGAUGAAAGAAGGCGAGUCUGUCAGUGGUUGCAAUACCGCUCCUGCCAGAGCGAGGAGGUAUUUGCCGAGGUUUUCGUUGAGGAGAUUGUUGUACUCUAGUCCGUUCCUGGGACAGAGGAUCACUAGGGCAGCGAGCUCCAGCAACAGGAGCAACAAAGGCAAGGAUGGGAAUGCUGGGAAGACUAUUGAUGUAGAGAAGGGGGAGGCCAGGGGGACCAGUGGGUCUAGCCAUCUGCAGUAUCACAGCUCGGACCUUCAUCGGGCCACCAGCAAGGGCUCGGUUUUGUCAACAGCAGGAAAGAGUUGUGAAAAUGGCCUGGUUGAGUGUCCACUGUGUUUAGCAGAGUUGCCCCUCGAACUAUUUCCAAUAAUCCAGUCGUGUCACCAUCGCAGCUGUUACGACUGCUUCCAGCAGUAUCUGAGGGUUGAGAUAUCCGAGUCACGUGUCAACAUUGCAUGUCCAGAGUGCGCCGAGCCACUUCAUCCAAACGACAUUCGAAUGAUCUUGAAUGAUCAAGUUCAGCUGGAAAAGUACGAGGAUUUCAUGGUCAGAAGGGUGUUGGCUGUCGAGCCUGACGCCAGAUGGUGUCCAGCCCCCGACUGCUGCUUCGCUGUUAUCGCCAGUGGCUGCGCUUCUUGCCCUAAAUUAAGAUGUGAGAGACCUGGAUGUGACUCCUACUUCUGUUAUCACUGCAAAGCUCGGUGGCAUCCCAAUCAGACUUGCGAUGCUGCCAGGGCGCAGAGGUCCCAGCAUUACGAUCGUACUUCAUCGCUCAGCUUCAGUCAGAGUGAUUCACAACACAGGGAUGAUAUCAAACCGUGCCCGAGGUGUCAAGUGCUUAUCGUUAAGAUGGACGAUGGCAGCUGUAAUCACAUGACUUGCGCCGUUUGUGGGGCUGAAUUUUGCUGGCUGUGUAUGAAGGAAAUCAGUGAUCUCCAUUAUCUCAGUCCCUCUGGCUGCACAUUCUGGGGUAAAAAGCCAUGGUCACGAAAGAAAAAAAUCCUCUGGCAACUUGGCACCCUCGUGGGUGCACCAGUCGGCAUUGGCCUUGUUGCUGGAAUCGCAGUUCCUGCCAUGAUAAUAGGUAUUCCCGUCUGGGUCGGCCGCAAGUUGUAUACAAGAUACGAACAAGAUAAUAAACACAAGAGAAAUGCUCUCAUCGCGGGCGGGGUAACGGCAUCGGUUCUAGUGUCACCGGUGCUUGCUGGACUCGCUGUUGGCAUUGGCGUGCCUAUUCUACUGUUUUAUGUUUAUGGAGUCGUACCCGUGUCACUCUGCAGAAGUGGCGGCUGCGGGGUGUCAACCAAUGGCUCCGGAGUCAGAUUCGAGUUUGAUGAUGAGAAUGAACUCAUGGGGGCACUCUCUGGAAGGAAUGUUGGAGAUGCAGCAUCGAUAGACGUUGCAAGCCACCGAGGUGGAAACCCCUCGAUCGGCGAGGCCUCCCUCUCCCUGGGUAGUGGAAGUCAAUUGGAAAAAUUGGGACGCGAGAAUGAUCGAGAGAGUGCAAGUAACGUGGCACUUGCUGGUGCAAGUUUGGCUGGCAGUAUAGCCUCCAGUGUCCUGCCUGGUGGUCAGAGGCUCGAGGUCCAGGCUGACGUCACAUCCACCCAGCGCUUCAGUCUGUGCAGCGAGACAGCGUCAGCCGCCACUAGUCUCUCCGAGAAAUCGGUUAAUGCAUCGAUAGCUGCUGACGACGGCGGUGCAUCCACCAGAGCACUGGCUGGCUCAGUGCUCAAUUUCAAGGUGGACAGUUGCUCGAUAAGUGGAGGGAGGAGUGUCGAUAAUGAACCUGCUGCUAAUCAAACGACCCCUGUGGACUCGGCUGGGCAGGCCGCCUCGCUGAGUUCACUGGAGGAGAUACAGCCUGGGCUGGCCAAGAGGGCCAGGAGGAAACCCACCCUCGACAGGCAGCACAGCGACUCCAGCAACUGGGCGGCUUCUGGGGAGGACGGAAAUUCCGAGCGGGUGAGGUUCGAUGAUCACGUCAGCUUCAUUGAGGCCCAUGAGGAGCCCGGCAACUGCAACAGGGCGCAGGGGAGGAGGAAGAGGAAUAAGGAAGGGGAUGCUGAAGGUGAUGUGAUAAGGACUAGAAAUGGCAACGAUGAAGAUAACCCAACAGAAGAUAGUAAUUCCCGUGCAAGGGUGAACGUGGCAGCAUUGAGAAUUGUAUUUUUUCAUAAUUCAUCAUCAGGUGAGAAAAGGCUGCCAGUAAUAGAGGAGCCGGGCUCCUCAACCCAACCCUCAACCGUAGUUCGUAUUUCAACACCAAUGAAUAACAACGAGACAAAUGAAACUCAUGCUGAGGGAGACGAUAAACUUCACUGCUGAAUUAAAAAUAUUAUAAUAAAUAACUGAAGACUGACAAACGCGCAUGUAAACGUAAUUAUACUAUUAUAAUUAUAUUAUACACAUAUGGAGUUUAUUGUCAAGAGGUCAUUUGAGGGAAAACAGUUUGGGGGAGAUGAAUUUUUAUUAAAGUUUUAGAGUGGAGAAAGGGAUGGACAUUAUUUUACUUUUUGGAGAGAAUUUCUUUCCCUGAAUAAUUUCAAUGUUCAGUUGUUGGAUUAUAUUCGAAUGAAUUCAUUGAUUUUCACUCCAUAUUCAACAUUUUUUCCCCUCAGAAUUCAAUAACAAGUUAUAAAACCCACGAAAAUGUGGAAUUGCGAUUGAAAAAACAUGUAAAAUAAUCUUGCGCACAGUGUACAUUGGAUGUGGGGUACACUCUAAAUAUAAACGAAACUAAUGGAUAUUAUUUUACUCGUUUGGAAACAAUUUCCCUGAAUAAUUUCAACGUCUCAGUUGUUAUAUUCGGAUUAUAUUCGAACGAAUUCGUGGAUUUUUCCUCAGAAUUCAAUAACGAGAGAUAAAUCCCACGAAAACGCGAAAUUACGAACGAAAAAGAUGCAAAAUGCUGUAAAAUCAUGUUGCGAUGAGAAAAAAAUACACCUAAAGUACAUUAUUUUACACAUGUGGAAGCAAUUUCUUUCCCCGAAUAAUUUCAAUGUCUCAGUUGUUGGAUUUUAUUCGAACGAAUUGAUGGAUUUUCCCUCAGAAUUCAAUACCAAGAGAUAAAACCCACGAAAAUGUGGAAUUACGAAUGAAAAAACACGCAAAAUGCUGUAAAAUCAUCUUGCGAUGAGAAAAAAAAUGCGCUUGAUUGCUCAGUGUACAUUGGAAGUGAGGGUACACCGUAAAUAAAUGAAAUGAAAAUAGCUGACGCGCUCUUUGUAUAAAAAUAAAUGCUUUACAUGGUGUAUACAGAAAAUUUGAUCCGUUCGACGUCAAUGAAUCCGUGUCUAAUAAUGGAAAAAAACGAUAAAUCGUUGAACAAGAUGUAGACUAAGUGAAAUUUUUUUGAGAUAAACAUUUGAAUGAAUUUGAUGAUUAAUUAAAUUAGUCGCAUGUAUUCAUCAACGAAUAACGAGUACAUGAAAUACGUGUGUUUACAUUAUCUCCAAGAGCAGCAUUUUUUAAUCUUUCCUCGAAAGCUUCCAAGUUGGAGUGAAUGAGACACGAGUGGUGAUUACCCUCGAUGGACAGUAGAAAUUAGGGUUUAAGGAAUUUUUCUUGUUUUUUUUUUAUGGUAACACUGAUGGAAAGAUGAGAAUAAAUCAGUACUGAUCUUGCUCAAUGCCGAUUGAGGAACAGGGUGAAGAGAUAUAGACGAAAGUUACGAAGAAAAACUACUUUAAGGAGAUCCCAGGGGCAUCUAAAGUUGAGAGUGGAUUAGAAAAUUUGAAGUUUUUUUUGACGUGAUUAAUAUGCACUCUGUGUUGUACGAUCCCCAUUUUUCGUCGAUAGGAUAGAAAAAUGAACUGAUUUCACUUUUUUAUUAUUCAAUAAACAACUCUGUUCGUCGAUUUAUCGAAGACAAUUUUUUCCCCUUUGUCAACACUUUAGACUUAUUGAAUUAAAAUUCACAGCAUUUUUAAACAAUGUCAAUUCUGCGAUGGAUCUCCUUAAAAUUAUUGGUGACCCUAAUUUACAUUAGAGUUUACACGAUGCCAAACGAUUUUAAAUUACAUUUUUGAUACAAUUUAUUGUUUACUGAUCCCACGACGAGAGAAAUUGUUAUUUGAAUUUGUGUUGAUUCUGCUCUUGCAUAAAACUGCCAUACACGUUAUGAAUUACCUUGCAGGAAUAUUGUUGUAUAUUUGGGGGUAUGAGUAACGUGAAACAAUUCCAUUCUGGGGAUAAUCCCGAACGAAAAAGCUAGUAAGCAUUGGGUUUAGUGAAUUUUCGUGCAUCGCGCUCUCUGCAGAAUGCGGGCAGCUCAUACAAUUGGGAAUUAAGAUUUGGUGAUGUUGCUGAGCCUAAACGUUAGCUUACUGUCGUCGUUGAGAGCUCUGGAUUAAAUAUUUAGGGGGAAGAGAGGGAGAGGUUGGAUAAUAUAACUUUUUUCCUGUUGAUAGAGUGAAUGAAUUCACACGAUUAAAAUAUGAAAUUUGUAUUACAGUAUAGAAUAUGGGAUAUAAAUAAAAUCGAGAUAUUUAAGUGAAA